AGCAGAUGUGCCUUGCAGGGUAGAUUAAUGACAGGGCUUUUUUUUUUCUUGAGGUUAGAAAUGAAUGCUGUGAGACUUAGCUAAUGAAGUUGUGGGUGGGGUCCAUUUUUAUUGGUCUUUCUGCUGUCCACCCCCUAUUGUAAUGUAACUUAGUUCAACCCAAUAUGGCUGUUCUUCUUUUGUGAAGAAAGAUGAUGUGAAACUUGGCAAGGUGACUUCUAGGUGAUGGAGUUUAAUGGAAAGCCAAUUAUCUUCUGCGAAUAUGAUGACGAAUUCACAUUAGGAGAUGGCUACGAUGAAGGCAAUCAGCUCAGCCUAGGAAAUGACGGGAUUUUUCUCGUGACAUUUUUCAUUGCAUUUAUAUUUAACUGGAUUGGAUUCUUUUUAUCCUUCUGCUCAACGAACACCAUUGCAGGCAGAUACGGAGCCAUCUCUGGGUUUGGGCUGUCUCUUAUAAAGUGGAUUCUUAUCGUAAGGUUCUCUGAUUAUUUUAUUGGCUACUUUGAAGGGAAAAUUUGGCUCUGGUGGAUUUUUCUUGCUGUUGGGUUUGUGCUUUUCACAAGAGGCUUUGUCAAUUAUGCAAAAGUUCGGAAGGUGACUGCCAAGAUCGCCAGUUUGAAAAAGUCCAGGUUCCUUUUCAUUUACUGAUGAUUUUAUACCGAGGUAACUUUGCACCUAAGAUGGCAUUGAAAAUGACAUUUUCCGGAAUACUUCCUCCCGUAAUACCCUGCUUCACUGUGCGGUGACUUUGUUGAAAAAGCAGGAACAAGGAUUGCACAUCUUAUGGGAUGAACUAAAAAGUAGCCAAAAUGCUUUUGAUUGGGUGCCUUGGCUCUCCAAGCCAUAUGAAACAAAAAUCUGCUAGGUGCAGUAUGCUUUCUUGUUGUGCUUCUUUCAAAUAAGCUUACCAAAACAUACAAUUAAGUAGUUUAUUUCCUCAAAAACACUCUUUCUCAUUCUGGUAACCUGAAAUCAUAUUCAUUGCUAAAUCAUGGAAGGUAUAACCCAAUGCUGCACUGAAUGUACUUUCACCAAAAGAGGGCAGUAUUGCUUUUGUUCUGUGAUAAAAGGAAAUUUGAAUUUGCAAACGAAGUUCAGAACUGACUGAACAUCUUAAAAAUGUUAUUUAUUGUUCAGAUGUUUUCAGUUGUAUGAUUAAUACAAAGUACAGUAAACAAAUCAAAACAACAAA